UUGCAUUGCAUUUUCGUUUCUUGAAAAUUCAACGGAUAUGGAUGGAUCCAUCCAUAGAAAGAGAGUGGUUAUUGUUGGAGGUGGAGUUGGAGGAGCCCUUGUCGCAAAAACUCUCCAACACCAUGCAGAUGUGGUCCUUAUAGAUCCGAAAGAGUAUUUUGAGAUCCCGUGGGCCCAGCUGAGGUCAGCUGUAGAGCCUUCGUUUGCGGAGAGAGCGAUUGUUACCCACACGGAUUACUUUCACAACGGAAGGGUCAUCGUGUCUCGUGCGGCUGACGUAACAGAUCACGAUGUGGUGACGACAGAAGGACGGUGCAUCGCCUACGAUUACCUUGUCAUAGCCACCGGUCACAUCGAUUCCACUCCUAGAGAUAGACCGUCCAGGCUCAAGCAAUUCCAAGAAGAUUAUGUAAAAAUACAAUCGGCAAACUCGAUUUUAGUCAUCGGAGGGGGCCCCACGGGUGUCGAACUCGCUGCAGAGAUUGCCGCGGACUUCCCACAAAAGAAGGUCACACUAGUUCACAAUGGGCCGAGGCUGUUGGAAUUCCUUGGAACGAAAGCAUCUAGCAAGGCACUAGAGUGGUUGACGUCGAAGAGAGUCGACGUGCUUUUGGAUCAAUCCGUCAAUCUUGAAUCCAGGUCAGAUGGGGAUAGAACAUAUGAGACGACAGCGGGAGAAACCGUAGUAGCCGAUUGCCAUUUCUUGUGCAGGGGUAGACCGUUGGGCUCAUCAUGGAUGAAAGGGACUAUGCUAAAAGAUUCGUUGGACUCUGAUGGGAGACUGGAAGUUGAUGAGUUUUUGAGGGUUAAAGGUCAGAAGAAAAUUUUCGCCGUUGGAGACAUUACUAACGUUCCGGAAAUCAAGCAAGGAUACUUCGCUCAAAGGCAUGCACUAGUCGUUGCGAAGAACCUAAGGAUGCUGAUUAGAGGCGGUAAGGAGCACAAGAUGGGGAGUUACAAGCAGGGGUCAGUCAUGGCGAUGGUUUCUCUUGGGAGGAGGGAUGCACUGGCUCAGUUCCCACUCACGACGGUCAUCGGUUUAAUACCUGGCAUGAUCAAAUCAAAGGACCUGUUUGUGGGGAAGACAAGGAGGCAGAUGGGGCUCGAGUCUCAUGGACACUAAUCCUUGAGGAUGCUGGAGUGAUGGUAUUUGUUAAUGGUUGAGAGCGUGUUUGGUUGCACCAAAUAUCGUGAAUUUUUGCAAUAUUAUGAGCAACCAAACGCACCCUAAUCUUCAACUCAUUAAUAAUAUGCAGGGUAAUGUCAUGCUUUCCUCGUUUGUUUUGGUUGAUGUUUGGAGAUAUACUCUUCUUUCCUUUUUGAAACGAGGGUUCGAAGAAAACAUAGCAACUGAACUUCUUGUAUUAUGCCUAGUGCUUGUUUCGAUUCCACAUUUUCCCUGUAAUACAAAUG